GAUAUACUCAUACGCGUCUCUAAGAUCUCUCAUUCGAUAUCGCAAGCAGCUGCUGAGAAACAAUCAACUUUUCAAUACAACUUUCACUUGGUUUCACCAAAAUCUUUGUUAAAAUAAUGACUGCCGCCAAAGACAGAAGAAAAGAGGAAACUUCGCACGUAUCUGGUCAAGCAAACGAGCAGUUAUCUGACCUCCCGCACAGUUUGACAAUUGAACAGCUAUUGGAUGAAAUCGGCGCAAAUCUUGAGAGUGGUCUUACAGCUUCUGAAGCCAAAGCUCGUCUCGAGAAGUACGGGGAAAAUGAGCUCGAUGAUGGCCCUGGAGUUUCUCCAGUCAAAAUUCUCAUCCGACAAGUUGCAAAUGCAAUGACUCUAGUUAAGCGUGUCACAUCCUGUAUACUAGCAAAAUAUUUUCUGAUCCAAUUCUGUAGGUGCUGAUCCUGGCCAUGGCGGUCAGUUUUGGGAUUGGUUCCUAUAUCGAGGGCGGGGUUAUUACUGCCGUUAUAGCAUUAAAUAUUACCGUAGGCUUCUUCCAAGAGUUUAGUGUUGAGAAAACAAUGGACUCGUUGCGCUCUAUGAGUUCUCCAACUGCUAGCGUUGUUCGUGAUGGGAACAGUAUCGUUGUUCCUACACGGGAACUUGUAUUUGGAGAUCUCGUUGAGAUAAAAGUCGGUGAUACUAUCCCAGCAGAUAUCCGUCUAGUUGAGACUAUGAAUCUCGAUACCGAUGAAGCCUUGCUUACCGGCGAAUCACUUCCGGUGCAAAAAGAAGCUAACUCGACCUUUGAAACUGACACUGGACCGGGGGAUCGUCUUAACAUUGUGUACAGCUCUUUUACUGUAACAAAAGGACGUGGUCGCGGCGUUGUGUACGCUACUGGAAUGGCUACUGAGAUAGGUUCCAUUGCUACUGCUCUUCGUAGCGAGGACUCCAAAAAACGCCAUGUCAAGCGAAAACAGGACGGAAGCGCAAAGCCUCAUCGAUAUGUAGAGGCAGGAGCACUCACUGCAGGCGACUUCGUCGGUAGGUUCCUUGGUGUAAAUAUCGGAACACCAUUGCAACGGAAGCUUUCUAAGCUUGCUUUGUUGUUGUUUGGAAUCGCUAUUGUGUGUAGUAUCAUUGUCCUUGGUGCGAAUAAAUUCUCGAAGAACAGGGAAGUUAUUAUUUACGCCGUUGCCACUGGUCUCUCCAUGAUUCCUGCGUCACUCAUUGUGGUUUUGACGAUAACUAUGGCUGCCGGUACAAGGAGAAUGGUUGAUCGUCAUGUCGUAGUUCGAAAGCUUGACUCUCUUGAAGCUUUAGGGGGCAUUACAGAUAUCUGCUCUGAUAAGACUGGGACUCUGACUCAAGGUAAAAUGGCUGUCAAGAAAGCUUGGAUUCCAAGCAAGGGCACAUACUCUGUCGGAACCACUGAAAAUGCUAUUGACCCAACGAUUGGAGACGUAUUCUAUUGCAAAGCAGCGCCUAGAGAGGAAAUAAAAGAGGAAGUAUCAAGCGAGAAAGACGCACUGGUAUCCAGUCCUGAUAAACUUCUAAAGGAUAACAAUGACCUCGAACAAUUCCUCAAUAUCGCUUCUCUUGCAAAUUUAGCACAAUUGCACAUACAUGAAGGUGAAUGGAAAGCACGCGGAGACCCAACGGAUAUCGCAAUUCAGGUCUUCGCAUCUCGAUUUAACUGGAAUCGCUCCCGCUGGACUGGUGAUAAUGAUCCCAUUUGGGCCCAGAAAGCAGAGUAUCCAUUCGAUUCUAGUAUCAAGAAGAUGUCAGUCAUUUUCGAGAGCGCCGAGCACACCAUGGUUUUUACCAAAGGCGCUGUCGAGAGAGUCCUAGAGUCGUGCUCAAUUAUCCGCUACGCUAACGGCAAUGUCAAAUUAACUGAACAGAUUCGCGGCCAGAUUCUCGAUAAUGUGGAAGCACUGGCUAGCCAAGGCCUUCGUGUUUUGGCAUUUGCGAGUAAUGAGUUGAUUAAUAAGGUCGAUGAUUUAAAAGUCCCUAAGAGAGCUGUGAUCGAAUCUGAUCUUGUCUUUCGUGGGCUUGUAGGUCUUUACGAUCCUCCCAGACCUGAAACUGCAGGUGCAGUCACUGCUUGUCAUACGUCAGGUAUUGCUGUGCACAUGUUGACUGGUGAUCAUCCGAGUACAGCGAAAGCUAUUGCACUUCAGGUUGGGAUUUUGCCAACUAAUAUAGAAGCCAUUGCCCAAGAUAAAAAACGGAGCAUGGUCAUGACGGCUGGGCAGUUUGAUAAGUUGUCAAAUGAUGAGGUCGAUGCUCUUCCUCUUUUGCCGCUGGUUAUCGCACGAUGCUCGCCAGCUACUAAAGUCCGAAUGAUUGAAUCACUACAUCGACGUGGCCGGUUCGUUGCGAUGACUGGUGACGGAGUUAACGACUCGCCUUCCUUAAAGUAUGCUGAUGUCGGUAUUGCAAUGGGUCUGGCCGGCUCUGACGUUGCAAAGGACGCUUCGGACAUUAUACUUACGAAUGAUAAUUUCGCAUCAAUAAUUAACGCUGUCGAAGAAGGCCGCCGCAUGUUUGAUAAUAUUCAAAAAUUUAUUCUCCAUCUUCUUGCUGAGAAUGUUGCCCAGGCGUUAACCCUGCUUAUCGGGCUCGUGUUCAAGGACAAGUCCAAUCUAUCCGUGUUUCCUCUUGCUCCGGUUGAGAUCUUGUGGGUUAUUAUGAUUACAUCCGGAAUGCCUGAUAUGGGACUCGGAUUUGAAGCACCUGCCCCAGACAUCAUGUCACGCCCACCUCACCCUCUCAAAAUCGGUGUUUUCACCCGUGAAGUGCUCCUUGACAUGGUUGUCUACGGUCUUUGGAUGGCGGCUCUCUGCAUCUCUGCCUUUUCACUUGUCAUGUUCGCUUUUGGCGACGGCAAUCUCGGUAGCGAUUGCAACAACUCUUAUUCUACUGAAUGUGAUACUGUUUUUCGAGCUAGGGCCACCACCUUUGUUUGUCUUACCUGGUUUGCGCUCUUCCUUGCAUGGGAGAUGGUGAAUAUGCGUCGCUCGUUUUUCAGAAUGCAGCCGCAAAGCAAGAAAUAUUUAACUCAAUGGGCAAUCGAUGUAUGGCGUAACCAAUUCCUAUUCUGGGCUAUUUUUGCUGGCUUCGUUACGAUAUUCCCAACUCUCUAUAUCCCAACGAUUAAUCAUGUAGUAUUCAAACAUACUGGAAUAUCCUGGGAGUGGGGCAUAGUAUUUGUGGAAGCUACAUUAUUUUUUUUUGGUGUGGAGUCUUGGAAAUGGGCCAAGAGGAUCUACUUCCGUAGACAAAUGUUGAAGAAAGGUGGGCAGGUUGAUGACUUGGAGAAAAAAGCUUUUGCAGCUUAUUUCAAUUCCGAAUGACAAUCAAAACCUCUUAGUUUGGCCACAGCAAAUUUAGCAAUAGCAGGGGAGAAAUAGGUUUGAUACUUUGGGAGUGGGGUUGCGAAUUGAUUGUCGAUUCAAGAUAUAUAGUCAUUUCAUAUCUGUAAAUGCUAUUUCUCCAUGUCAAUAUACAAUUCAAGUUAUUAGACGAGUGAAUAUAUGAGAAACUUUUGUACA